GUCUGUCAUUUUGCUAGACAGACUAGACUUCCUUUCCCUUCUAGCACUUCUGUGACCAAACAAAUUUUUGAGUUGUUACAAAAUCUAUGAUCUCCUUACUCAUGAUGUUUUUAUCUCUAGAAAUGUUCAAUUCCAUGAACAUAUAUUCCCCUUUCACAAAUCCAAUCUAGAUCAUAUGAUCAUAUCCCAACCUAUUCCACCCCUCUGAUCCAGCCUAAUCCAUCUCCAGAACAUGAACAAUUCCUCAAUGACUUACAUUUUGAUUUAGAUGAUGACCAUGACUCUCUCCCAAAUUCAUCAUCUCCUCCAUCACCUUUUCUCUUCAACAGUCCCUCAACUUCCUCUCAAAAAAUCAACCAGAAUCAUGAAACCUCCUACCCACCUACAACAUUAUCAUUGCAACCUGCUCUAGCAUAUUUCUUCCACCAGUCAUCUAAGUCAGCUGCAAUCUCCGAGUAUCACCUAUCCUCUCUUCUGUACUUGAUUAUUCUACUCUUUCCUCUACUCACAAGCACUUUGUUUUAAGCAUCUCUUCCCAUAAAGAACCUGAAACCUACAAGGAAGCCAUUCAAUACACUGAACGAAACGAUGCUAUGGCAGUUGAGACCAAGGCUUUGGAAGCCAACCACACUUGGGACGUGGUUGAACUCUCUCCUCAGAAGAAGGCAGUUGGUAACAAGUGGGUCCAUAAGAACAAACAUCUCUUAGAUGGCAGUCUAGAAAGGCAGAAGGCUAGACUUGUAGCCAAAGGCUAUAGUCAACAAGAAGGAGUCGACUACCAAGAUAUAUUUGCUCUUGUAGUCAAAAUGACAAUAAUCAGACUGUACUUAGCCAUUGCAACAUCACUUAACUGGCAUGUUCAACAACUGGAUGUUAACGCCGCCCCAACGGUUGGGAACAGAGCAGGCUCGUCUGCAGGGAAGAAGAAGAUGAGUAUAAGCAACGUCGUACCACCAUCAACAGAUGUGAAGAAACGAUCCUGGAGUGACGUCGUUUCUGACAAAAUGCCAAGUAGUACCUAAUUUUUUUAUUUCAGACUUUUACCCUUUUCGGCCUGUACUUACUUUUCCCCUAAGUUUUGUCUUUCUUGAAUUGUAAGCUACAUCAGAUCUAGCUAUAUAAGUUGAAUGGUGAAAAGAGAACAACAAAAAUGUACAAAUUUAUAAUUUAGAAAGAUGAUACGAUAUUGAUUAUCAUGUUCGAUUGGUAGGUUUGAUUAGCAAUAGGGUAGCUCAUCCUGUGGCUCGGAAGGUCUUUUCUUUGCCUCCGACCUCGUGUCAUAUUUUUUAUUUUUAUGUCUGGGUUGGUUUCGGGAUGUAAUCUCUUAUCUUUCAUUCAAUCAAUAUGAUUAUAUUUUGUUAAAAAAUUGAUAUUGAUUUA